AUGCCUUCCUUCUUUCAGACACUGCUACGCAAGCCAUCGCAGUCGUAUCAAGCCGCAGGCCCGAGUGCGUAUGACCAGGCACCACCGCUCCCGACCGCGCGAGGAGGAGCAGGAUCGUCGUCGCGCGCUCCUUCGCUCCGACAAGGCGCGGGGGGCUCAAGCCGUUCGUCCUACUCGCACGCCUCGUCCGUCAAUGGGGACGACGCGCACACGGGCGCACAAGGGCAGCAGUGGAGCUGGGACAUGUACGGAUCGCGCAAGGGCUCGGCUGGGGUGGGCUCAAAUCUGCACCCGAGUGACGCUGGGUCUCAGCUCGGCGUGAAACGAUCCGUCUCUCGCGCCGUGGCGCGCCGUGUAGGGGCCACAGCGAGCGACGCAGGCUCCAUUCGUGCCGAUAGUGUGUAUUCGAACUACGAGGACGAUGGGAGGAGCUUGCGCAGCGCCAAGAGCCACUCUUCGUUGCGGAGCGCGGCCUCGGUCUCGUCGGCGUGGACACGCGAUCAGCUCAAUGGCUCGCUGGCACUCAAUGUACCGGGCGUCACGAAACGCACGAGCCGGAGGUACACCGAUGUUGCCAAUACUCCAUCGCUGAGACGCCACGAGGCCAGCGACACAGCUUCGAUUGCUUCCUCGACGGCCUCGGACUAUUACCGCAACGGGUUGGCACCUUCGCGAUCCCGAUCGAUGUCUGGCCCCGAUCCUUCGACCUUGAAAACCUCGCGCAAGUAUUCAAGCGCAUCGGGAACGACAACGAUCACAACGAGUGGCUAUCAGGUUGUGACGACGACCGAAUACACGACUAAGAAACCUUCCUCGCAAAGGAACAAGAAAACAACUUCGACGCCCUCGUCAUCGUACGACCCUUCCCUGACCGGUACCGAUCGCACCCCUUCGCUUUAUUCGACGACUUCUUCCACCGGCUCGAGUCGUGGAGCCCUCACCCCAGUGUAUCCUACCAGUUCGCCCAUGCUGGGCUCGCCUGACCUCCUCCUCCCGCCGCCCUCCAUGAGCAAAGAUGCGCUGAAGAAGGAGAAGCGCAAGAAGCGCACCCAGGGCAACACGCUCAUCGAGGAGGCCGUCAAGCGAGCCGGGUUGCCCUUGGACAGCGUCGUCGAGCUGGAGGAGGAACCGACGACGGCCGAGGCUGUCAAGCAAAAGGCCACUGCGGCGGCGGCGAAGGAAACGACGGCACUCAUCAAGGUGCUCGAGGAACAGCAGAUCGAGCACGGGCGUAAAGUGGAAACCGAGGCAAAGCCGUCAAAGGACGGCACGUCGUUGGCCACAUUCGAUGAAACUGCUUCCGAUGUAAGUGUAACACCGUGGCUUUCUCGGUCUGGGCGACUUUAGCUGACGACAAGGCUGCGGGUGCUGCAUCGACAGGACUCGAGGACGCCUUCGCUUUCGACAACGACCACAGCUGCCAGUUCGGAACCUCUGACACCGGAAACCGAAACGGUGUCGACCUACGCCGAUGAUAUCCCCCCCUCGGCCAAGAAAAAGAAAGCCGGGCCGGGUGACAUACCGCGCAUCGUCACCGACUGUUCCUUGGCCGACGACUCUGACGCGCAUGAGAUUGCCCUCAACGAGGCUACACCCACGACGCCGACCACACCCGUCGAAGUUCCCCGCAUCCAGCUGACUCGCACCGCAUCGGACCAGCUUGCGGACAGAGUGCAAGGCGACAUUGACCUUUCGGGAUAUGAUUCGCAAUCCCCGCGAAAGACCGAGGGUGAAGUCUCGCGCCGGUCUUCGACGGCAAGUCGCAAGUCGUCGUCCGAGUCCGUGUCCAGGCCGGUGACGAGUGACCCCUCGGUCGGGUCCGACAGUCCCCGUUCAAAACGAUCCACUCGAUCCGCAUCCAUUGAUUCGAUCGAGGACCCGAAGGCGUCGACGACAACGACGACGACGGCUGCCCAAGACCAACCGCAAUGGAUGAAGCGCAUCAAGGCGCUCGGCGAACCCAUCACCCCGCUCGUCGAGUCCCCCAAGCUCAAGGGCAAGACGCCGGAACCGCACUGGACGGUCAAGCACCACUAUGAGCAGCAGCAACAGAGUCGAGCGACCACGAGCCAGGACAUGCGUCGACCAGCGAGUGCGGGGAACCUUCGACGGCCAAAGUCAAUCAUGGAACCAAUGCCCGAGGAGCGCGAGGACGAGAAACCCAUGCCCGCCCUUCCGGCCUCUUCUCUUGCCCUUGCAGCUUUACCGAUAUCAGCAUCAAGGCACGCACACUCGCCCAGCUCGCCCAGCUUGCCUUCCCGAGGAGCUUUCCCCACCGGGGUCAAGGAGCGGAGCGCCGGCAAGCCGAGAAACCCCAAGCCACGAACAGCCGCCGUGGCGCCAACACCAGGUCCGCCCGCGAUUCUGCCCCACCACGUGCUAGCUCCGAGACCCGACAGCCUAUUUUUACCGAGCCCGAUCUACUAUGAUGCUUCUGCGCGUCAGCCACCUCGUCCUACCUCUAUGCACGAGGUUGCCGCGUCGACUGCCCCGACGCUGGAGUCGUCAGCUUCUAGGUCGCGCUCGACUUCGCCCCCGGAGGCUGAGUCUGCCUCUCGCGCCGAGCGCACGAGUCUCGGUCGAACGGUGUCACUGUCGCAAUCGGCCCCUGCUAGUGAUUCCGACGCGUCCAGAUUCGAAACCGCCCCUAGGCGUAUAAUGUCGUUGACAAGGCGCAACUCAGACAACAGCGCGCAGAUGGAAUUCACACCCCUUCCUUUCCCGUUCCUGCUGGAGUUGUCGUCGGAAAGCUCGCGAGACGUGCCCCAGGCCGUCUCGAGCUAUUCGGACGCUGGCUCCGAUGACGAAGGCGAUGCUCGAUCCAUCUCUGGCGUCUCCGCCAUGAGCAUGCCAGUCGCCGGCGCACACUCGCGCCCUCCCAAGAAUCCUCGCCACGAGAUCAUCGCGGCGCGAAAUCGCGAGUCGCUCGUCGCGGACCCUAUUGACUUUACGGCAACUCAACAGACAACCUCGCUCAUGACCGCCGUCUCGGUUUCGGCCAUUGCGGCCUUAGGUGCGCAGCCCAAGACCUUUGCAUCGGGCGGCAGCGGGUGGUCACUGUUCAAAAAGGCGGCACCUCCCCUCGCUUCGACCGCUUCCCCGAAAAAGUUCGACCCGCUGCGCGAUCUAACCGUCUCGUCCAUGCAACCGCUCCCCAAGAAGGUCAAGUCCGACGAAGUUCUCGUCGAAGUCUUUGCCGUCCCGAUCGAGCGCGUCGACGUGGACCGCGCCAAGAAAGCGGCGAGUCAACAGGAGGGCUUCGGCUGGAUCCCGGGGCGUGGCUUUUACGGCAAGGUCGUUGACACCGGCUUGGAGGUCAACAAGGUCAAGCAAGGCGAACUUGUGUGGGGCGUGCAACCCCUCAAGAAGGUGAGAUUGCAAUGUUUGCUGUUACCGUUGCUCAACGCCGUCACUCACUGCGCCUCUGGCCUUUGUUUGACAGUCUGGCGCGUUGGCCGACUUGAUCACGAUUCACAAGAGUCUCGUGACACCGGCUCCGUCGUGCGAUCUGACCGUCGAGCAAAUCGCAACCCUCCCGAUAGCGGGUGCAGCGUCGCUCCAGGUGAUGGAGGUGCUUUGCUCCACUGUUCCAGCUGGCGCCAAGAUCCUCGUCCUCGGCGCUCACAUCGGGGUUGGUAAUCUCUGCCUCCAACUUGCCCGACACCUUCGUCCCGCCCGCGACCUGUACUUGGUCGCACAAUGCCCGCCCGAACGACGCGAGGACCAGGUGUUUUGUCGAGAAAGCGGAGCCUCGGAUGUGCUCCUCGACGAUCCCCUUGCGGCGAUCAAUCGCUUGCACGAGAACGAGUUUGAUGUUGUUAUUGAUACGAUCGGUGGGAGCAAAAGUGAGUCUUCUGAAGGAUAGCACUGGCCGAUUCAAGUCGCUGAUCAUAUCUGAGCGACUUUUACUUCCUCUUCACAGUCUACGAAGCGGCUCGUCGCGUGCUUCUCAACUCGGGCUCGUUUGUGACGACCGUCGGUGAAUCAUCCGCUGUCGCACCCACUUCGUCGACGCAGUUUAAAGAAUCGGUCCGCUCGUUCCGUCGCAACAUCUUCAAGAAGAACAAGAAACACAUCAACUAUUGGUUUGCCUCGCUCGAGCUCGACGAGCGCGAUUCAACGCGUGAUGUGCUCGAUCGACUGAGGCCCAUCGUGGAGGCCAACUCUCUCAUGCCUCGUCUGGGUAGACUUUACUUGAUGAAGGAAGCUUGCUCGGCCUUCAGUGGCAAGGCCGCAGCCGAGGGCGGAAGUGUUGUUCGCGUCAAGGUGGUCUAA